AUGGUAUACAAGGACAGAUCUGUAGUGACGAGAGAAAUCUCCAUUAUCGCAUGCUCAUCGCUUAUUGCUGGCUAUGGCGCAUUUAAAUUCACCCAAAAAGUUAUUGGGAAAGCCAGGACAAGGCGUUUGCUUGUGUUGCUUAAAUUGCUUAGCCCUGAUCCCAUAUGCGAUUUGCUAGAUGAUGAGCUAAUGGAAGCGGCAUAUUGUUUAAAGAAUAAAAAUAUCGUAUCCAUCAAUGACAUUAAUACUCAUCAGGUUCGCGCAAUACUUGAAAUCGCUAAACAUUUUUCCGACCGUAGCAACCACCGCCCCUAUCUAAUGGGCAAAAUAAUGUCAAUACUUUUUAUGGAACCAAGCACUAGGACGAGAAGUUCAUUUGAAGUAGCAAUGAAGCUUCUAGGUGGAAGUGUACUAAACCUCGAAAAUACAGCCAACACCUCCAUAGCCAAAGGCGAAUCGCUCAGUGACACCGUCAAAAUGGUAUCCAACUAUUCCGAUAUAAUCGUAAUGAGACUAAGCGAGAAGGGCUCAGUAGCUGGCCAUACUCAUAGUGCAAGCGUGCCAGUCAUAAAUGGGGGGGAUGGCGUUGGCGAACAUCCAACCCAAGCACUUUUAGACCUGUACACUAUACAACAGCAUUUUGAUGUAUUUGACAAAAAUCGUGUUCUCACCAUUUGCCUCGUUGGCGACUUAAAACACGGCCGUACAAUACACUCUCUUGUGCUUUUACUAAGUCGAUUCAAUGUCGUACUACACUAUGUUGCGCCAGUAUCGCUGGAGAUGCCUCCAAAUAUCCAAUUACAAGUUGAGAAGAACUUCCAAGAUAAUGGAAUACCAGAUUUGGAAUACCCCCGUCAAUCUAGUUUUACUGGUAUAUCACAAUCAGGCGCGGUAUAUGAUGUAGUUUACAUGACCAGAGUACAGAAGGAGAGGGUUUCUGCGGGCCAGUAUGACAAAGUGAAACGCAAUUACAUUCUUACGACUGAGGAACUGGAUAAGCUUGGUCCCCAAGUCAGAAUAAUGCAUCCCUUACCCAGGCUAUCCGAAAUACCAGUGGAUGUAGAUAACGACUCCAGGGCUGUGUACUUUCAGCAGGCGCAGAAUGGGCUGUAUGUGAGGAUGGCCCUACUCUAUCUCAUAAUCCAAUCACAGUAA